ACCCUUCCACUCCAUACCCUCGGAGCUGUAAAAGCACAACCGAGCCAAAAAUGUGCUCAAAAGCACGCCCAACCCUGCUCACAUCCCAUCUUAUUCCAUCCCAUUCCCCAGAAGUCCACCAUGCUAAGCGGCAAAAGCGGCCUCUGAUGCCCAAAUCAUUUCAUCCGGCUUGCUAAAGGAGGGGGAUAGGUGGUAGCUAGCAUAGGACGCCCCUCCCAAGUUAUCCUCUUGGACCGGCUAAAUCUUGCGUUCCUGAACUUGCAAAGCCAGAUUCUUGCAUUCCCCCGCAAGCUUCUUCGGUCGCCGCAUCGCGCCGAGGGUUGGCGCGGUUCGCCGGCGUUGAUUGGUCUCUGCACAUUGUUUAAGCUCAGCCAGGUUUCUUUUUCUCUUGUUCAAAUGCCCUGGUAUUUAAGGUGAGGGGGAGCUUUGCAAGAAAGGAAUGGCUUGGAUGGGUUUAGUAGCAUGAGGUGGUAGCGGGAGAGAGCAGAGCCCAGAAGCUUGCCCUGUUCAUUCAUCACCUUCUCCUUCAGCCAUUGCUGGCUGGUGUAGGCGCGUCGAUCCAUCUUGCUUUGGUUUGAUCUUUUGCUGCUCAAGAAGUCCACUUUGGUUCAGUUCAGUUGCUUGCCAUUUUCGAUCUUCUUGGAGUUGCUUGCUCUGUUCCUGCUAAGGGCAGAUUUGAUAAAUAAAAAAGCAUCAAUGCUACUGUUUGGAAGAAAAGGACUGCUUCCUGCAGUGUCAGGCUGUGUGAUUCUCUUGCUUGCAAGCUCGAUCCAUGGCGCUUCAGAUAGCCUGGAGGGUCUGAACCAAAGCUACAAGAGCGUUCAGCCAUUGGAGCUGACGCCCAAGCUGUCGCUGCAGCUCAAGCUCCACGCCUUCCUCCUCUGGUCCUCCGUCGGCUUCCUCAUGCCGAUCGGCGUGCUGCUGAUCAGGUUCUCGAGCAACGUGAAGAGCGCCAAGGCCGUCAGGGUCCUCUUCUACUGCCACGUCGCCGCGCAGGUCGCCGGCGUGGCCCUGGCCACCGCCGCCGCGGCGCUGUCGAUCACCAACUUCCAGAACGCCUUCAACAACACCCACCAGCGGAUCGGGGUCGCCCUCUACGGCCUCGUCUGGCUCCAGCCGCUCAUCGGCUUCCUCAGACCCGACAGGGGCGUGAAGGCGAGGAGCGUGUGGUACCUGGCGCACUGGCUGCUGGGGGUGGUGGUGUGCGUCGUCGGGGUGGCCAACGUCUACAUCGGCCUCCACACGUACCGGGAGAGGACCGGCAGGAGCGUCGGGCUCUGGACGGCGCUCCUCACCGCCGAGGUCUCCGCCGUGGCGCUCGUCUACCUCCUCCAGGACAGGUGGAACCACGUCAUCCGGCAAGAAGAGGCGGCCGCUGGCGACGAGCGGCGGUCGGAGACGGAGACGUCGGAGGAGCCGUCGUACCCGGCCAACGACCACAAGGAGGUGGCCGUGAUGCCGUAGCAUGACCAUGGGAGCUCGCUCGCUUGGGCAAACGCAACACCGAUUCUGUACAGUUCAUGUGUGCUUGGGAUUGCGUCUUGGUAACUUGUUAGCUGAAGCUGCAGAUUGAACAGCUUUUCAGUGAGAGUAGAUACAAUACAACUCUCGGUGUUGCAUUUUCCCUGGCCGGGGAUUGCAUGAUCAAUUAACAUGAG